AAUCACACUGAACUGAAGCUGCUGAUCCGAGCGCGCGCUUCUGCUGCUGGAACAAACCACCGAGCUUUAAAAAAUCUGCAAUGCCUCAUUAAAAAACAGACUCUUACGGAGAACUAGUUUUUUUACCAUAUGUUGGACAUAGUUCGUCACUUUUUUCUUGAGACUGAACUAAAAAUAACCAGGCGCUUGGAUGGAAUCUUUGGAUACGAGGAUGCACCAUUUUCCUUCUGCGUUUAUCUCAACCAAUAUUGUAAUAUUAUAUUCUUAAAACAGCAAUUUAUAUACUUUAUUCUGGUUAAACUAGAAUACCCUUAUAUAUACACAAUUAUUUAGCUAAAUUUUUAACUUUUACAUACGCAGAUCUUCAUGGAAAUUAUGUUUUAAUGGAUAUUCGAUGAUGACGCUCUACCUGAAGAUGGGAGCCCUGCAGCAUAUAAACACCCCUCACAGCUAGCCAUGCAUCACGCCAAUUCAUCAGGCGCUGCGCCGCUCAACCCAUUUUCCAACUGCAGUCAAUGGGAAGGACAGGCCGGCUCUCCAUCACUCGCCGAUCCCUCAAAUGUCACCUCGAGCAGACCCAUUCUGAGCGGCCCCAUAGCUGCCAUGCUCUCCAUGACCCUGGGGAUCCUGUCUAACAUUGUGGCUCUUCUCAUCCUGGCGAACGCGUAUGCUCGCCUGCGCAGGCGAUCCAAGGCCUUUCUCCUGUUUGCAGGCUCUCUGGUGGCCACAGACUUUGUGGGACAUGUCAUUCCUGGUGCAAUAGUCAUGAGGCUGUAUCUUUCUGGAGGUGUCCCAGCUGAGGAAUACAACAGGGCUGACCCACUAUGCCAGUUCCUAGGAGGCAGCAUGGUGUUUUUCGGACUAUGUCCGCUCUUUCUUGGCUGUGCCAUGGCAGCUGAGAGGUGUCUGGGCGUAACAAAACCACUUCUUCAUGCUUCGCUUGUUACAACAACAAGGACUAAACUCUCUCUUUCUAUCAUCUGGCUGGCAGCUCUUUGUGUUGCCCUUCUGCCGUGUUUUCAGCUGGGUUCAUAUACCUACCAAUACCCUGGAACCUGGUGUUUUAUUAAAGUACUGGAGGACGCUGAGAAGGCAGAUAUGGCCUUUGUUAUGUUGUUUUCAGGACUGGGGUUGACCUCCCUUGCUGUUGCUUUGGUUUGUAACACUAUAAGUGGACUAACUUUGGUGCUAGCAAGGAUAAGAAAGAAACCGUGUAACCGUCGGUCAGCCAGAUCUCAUGAUAUUGAGAUGGUGGUGCAGCUCGUGGGCAUCAUGGUCACAUCUUGUAUCUGCUGGAGCCCUCUUUUGAUUGUUGGCCUAAUUACAGUCAAGCAGUCAUACGAGCACUCCAUUGGAGACGACCUUGCCACCUACAAGACCCUGAUGAUAAUGGGUGUGCGAAUAGCAUCCUGGAACCAGAUCCUGGACCCAUGGGUUUACAUCCUUCUCCGUCGUUCUGUCCUCCAAAAGAUUUACUUCAUCACCAAACGUCAAACAGACUUGAAGGAAAGCACCCUCCGCUGCUGGGAGAUCCACUCCUUUCCCAGCUCAGAGAAGAAUCCUGUCAGUAGGGUCUGAGUGUAAGAUUCUGCAACAAAAUAACUGAUCUACUAAGUGUGGAUUAACACUUGUAGUUUGAUUCUCUUGGCUCUUCUUGUCCAAACCCAAAAAGAAAAUGAUGAAUUUAGUCUUAUGUGAAAGUUAGUUCACUUAGCAAUUAUGCUGUAACUUUUCUACCCAGGCUCAUUAUUGAUACGUACCCCUGUAUACAUUUCUGGAGAGUGCAAAAUAUGUCCCAGGUGGUGCAAUUUUUUUGUAGUUUUUGUUUGCGCAAUUCCACCAGAUGCUGCUGUGUUUGCUUUUUCAGAUCUCCCACAUGUGCUGUUCUCGCAUAAAUCCACCAGAGGCCACUGUCGACUGACUGACUGACUGACUGACUGACCGACUCCCACACCUAUCCAUAAACUCAACCAAUAGUGUUUUCAAAAACAAUCCAGAAUAAGAGAAGCUCUCACGACCGCCAGAAUUUUUUUUACCACAUUUUCAGAUCUUACCACAUUAUCACCCUGUUAUUUAUUCAUUUGGCGAAUGAAUCACCAAAUUAUCCAGCAUAUGUUUUACACAGCGGAUGCCCUUCCAGCUGCAACCCAUCACUGGGAAAUAUCCAUACACACCCAUUCACACACAUACACUACGGACAAUUUAGCCUACCCAAUUCACCUAUACCGCAUGUCUUUGGACUUGUGGGGGAAACCGGAGCCCCCAGAGGAAACCCACGCAAACACAGGGAGAAAAUGCAAACUCCACACAGAAACGCCAACUGACCCAGCCGAGGCUCGAACCAGCGACCUUCUUGCUGUGCGGCAAACGUGCUACCCACUGCGCCACUUAUUUACUUGUUUAUUUUGUUUUAUUUUCUGGAAUCAUUCUUCACUGGACUCGAACCCUGUCGCCAUGGUUAACUCUUUUCUGAAUCUUACCUCCACUGGGCAAACUGGUUACAGCGGAAAAGCUGUCCAAUCAGAGGUAAGCGGUCAAAUGGAAGCGCGAAAACAAAAAGAAGCCAUCAGUGCCGUCAUACCGCCCUUUAGUGUUCAUUUUAAAGACAAAAUGCAGCUAUAUGUACGUAGCUCUGGCUACAUAAUUCGUGCUCUCCAGAAAUGUAUACAGGGGUACAUUACUAACUAAUCAAGCUCAAAUAAUGUACAGAGGAGUAAAAACAACUGCAGGAAUUCCUACAAAUACACAAAUAAGGAUCUGCUGCAAAGAGAUGUGUUUCCAAUGUCCAUAUUUAAUUGUAAAACCCCUGAUAUACUUCAAACAAAGUUAUUUUUUAUUGUUUCUCCAGUGUAUUCCUGUGGCUAGUCCUGUUUUUUUUAUGUUCUCCUGUCUGACCAACUGAUUGACAAAUGACCAUGGACCAAUGGUACUGAAGCUCAAAGGUGUUCAGAAGCCAAAACUAAUUUCCCCAAAAGUUUGGAUUUUGUUUGAAAUUAUGUAAUUUCAGCUUGUUCCUCCAUUUAAUUCUAAUAGUUAACAUCAUUAAUGAUGAGAAAAACUAUGUUCACACAUGCUUUUUAUGGCCGCAUCUUAUAACAUCUAAUGUUUUGGUUCAUUUAGAGGUCUUAGGUCCAUGUAUCAUUAAUAUUUAAAGGUGCAAUAGGUGACUGUCUUCAGAAACUAUUUUGUUUACUAUUUUUGUAGGGUGUAACCCCAGUGUCCUGGCCAAAUUCCCUCCACUGGCCCUUACUCAUCAAGGCCUCCCAAUAAUCCCCACCCACCAAAUUAGCUCUAUCAUUGUCUCUCCACUUUACCUAUAGCUGAUGUGUCGUGAGUGCACUGACACUGUUGUCCUGUGGCUGCCGUCACAUCAUCCAAGUGGAUGCUGCACACUGGUGGUGGUGUGGAGAGACACUCCUCAUAAUUGUGAAGCGCUUUGGGUGUAUGGCCAUACACGGUUAAUGCUUAAUGUUUCUUCACAUCUUAAUAGCAAUCGUUAAAUUAAGCGGUCCAAAUAUAUUUACAUGUAUUUUAAUAUUCUGUCUGCGUUGUUCAACUUGUUCACGCAGAAAGUAUUACAUCAUCAUUCAGAAUCACAGGCUAACAUGAACAACCUACCUUCUUGUUUUAAGUUUGGUAUUGUAAUUACUAACUGUACUAUUAUGUUUUUCUCUCUGGUGAAUGUUAUGUGAUGUAUUGUAGUGAUGUUGUCUACUCUAGUGCACUUUCAUGAAUUCGGCAUCCAUAGCUUUGGAUCGGUGGGACGUAGACAUUCAGCGCUAUCAGGCUAACGUUAGCAUUUUCCAAAAUCUCCUAUUGCACCUUUAAAUCAAACUGCAUCAGAAUUUAUUGAGAAGUAGAUUGAGAUCAAAUGUACAAACCAAUCUGCUUCUUAAGUGUGACGUCACGCAAAGCAGCUUCCGGGUCCAAGCGCCAUAUCAAACUGUAUUGAGAGACUCAACAAAUGGUAUAAACAUUUGCAAAGCGAUGCAAUACUUUCGAAAAUCAUGAUCGCAAUAUAUAUAUAUUCAUGCCUAUUAUCAGAUGGCCAAAAAGUGAUAAAUUUUUUAUAAAUGCUUAAAAUACUGGUGUCUGUGAUGCCAGAGACUAAUGCGUAUACCAUGAUUUUAUAUAAAAUUGACUUUAAUGUGUGAUAUGACUGCAAAAAAGUGGUCAUAAAUGAAUAUUUUCUCAAUUAAAAUGAGGAGCGGCUUGGACCUGGAAACAGUAUUUCAUAUGUCACUGAUAUUCCACGACUUAUCAAGUGGAUAAAUGGUUGAUACACAAACAAAAAGUACACUGCACAGGAGAUCUUUCAUUUAAUUAGAGAAGCCCUUAAUUACAGCAUGUGAUGCACUCUCUCUGUCUGUGUUAAGAAAGCAUAAAGUAAAUUAGCACAACCACAAAGCAUGAGAUGGGCACUCCUCACUAUAGAGCCCUAAUAGUUUUGGCCAAAACAGAAAUCAGCAAUCAUUUGCAGUCUUUGGCCAAGAGUAUCUGGAUGCAGAAUUGCACUCAAUAGACCUAGUGACGUCACUGUGAGGGGUAGGGUUAGGGUUAUGUGUACACAUUAAAAGCAUUGCAUGCUGUCUUACUUUGCAUCUGCAGCCAGACCCUUCUCUCUGGCCAUGAUUACCUAGUAAAGUAACCUUAGGUCUGGCCAGGACUAUGUUUUUAUUUGUAGCCAUUUGUUCCUAUGAUGAAAUCAUUGGGUACAUAAACUGGCAUGCCAGUGAAAAGUGGCACUAAACAUAAAUAUAAGUGUUUGUUUCACUUACUUGCUUAAAGUUCACCCAUCAGAGAUUUUGUUCAGCACGAUCUUCAUCAAACAUAUGAACUCUGAGGUAAACUCAUAGUUCAAUGUGUAUAGGAGGAAGACUGCGUUUUCCGCUGAUGUUUAUCUUGCAUGUAAAGGUGCAAAUUUCUUAUGUGAACAAUAAUGUUCAUAUUAUUGUAUAAUUUAUUUCCUGUGUUUCCACUCCAAUUUUCUGGAGCUUCUUAUGUUGAUACUUA